AUGGCAAGUUCUGCUAUUAUUUUUGCGAUUUUUCCGAUUGCUUCAGUUUCACAUAAUGCAGUCUAUGGAGCAUUGGCAGAUGAGCUUGUUGCUCGUGGUCAUCGACUGACAAUAAUCACGACAACGCCGAAAUAUAAGAAAACUAAUCCAAAUGUUGUGGAAAUUGACUUUAGUUUCUUGUAUGAAGUUAUGGGAAAAUUAAUAGAUUUCAAUAAAUGGAAAGAAGCUCAACUUGACGAAAUAGCAAUGCUAAGAAUAUGGAUCGACGUGCUGGAUGAUUACUUUGAAAAACAGUUCGAGCAUCCAAAAAUCAAGGAAAUGAUUAAAAUAAGGAAAAAUUCAAGUUUGAUGCAACUACAUGGCAAUGUCUUCAAUCCAAUUCUUCAUCCUGAUUAUAUUUUUCCAUUUUUUGAGGAUUUAAGUUUCUUUCAACGUCUCCGCGUUGUGCGUUUUCAUGUCUACUACAUGCUGUACUAUAAGCAUGUUAAUAAUCGAAUUUUUGAUAAGCUUAUCAAGCGUCACUUCGGUGAGAUAAGAUUCCCAGUUGAUCAAUUGAAUGCACUUGGUGAGGUCUUGCUGGUUAAUGUUCAUCCAACAUUGGGACAUGUCAGGCCAGUUCUACCAACAACUGUGCAACUUGGAUUCAUGCACAUUAAGGAACCAAAAGGGAUUGUUGAAGAGAAAGUUAAGCAGUUUUUGGAUUCAUCAUCAGGACCAAUUAUCUACAUGUCAUUUGGUUCCAUGGUCAAAUCAUCACAGAUUAGUGAAGCUACUUUGAAAGUGUUUAAAGAAGCUUUUGGUGAACUUCCAUAUGAUGUAAUGUGGAAAUACGAAAAUGAGGAAAUGGAAGGCAAACCAGAAAAUGUUUUCGUAUAUCCUUGGUUCCCUCAAGCUGAUCUAUUAGCACAUGAGAGAGUUAAGUUGUUCAUUACUCAAGGAGGUACGUUUCUUGGCUUCAUUAGUCAACAAUCAAUGGAAGAGUCAAUUGAUCGAGAAGUUCCACUUAUCGUCAUUCCAUUUGCUUUUGAUCAAAGUGCCAACGCAUUAAGAGUCCAAAAGCUUGGCAUUGGAAUUCUAUUGGACAUCACAACAAUCAAUAAAGAGAAAUUGAAAGCAGCAAUUGAAGAAAUAAUAACUGGCGACUAUGAAAAGAAUGUCAAGAAGCUCCGUGAAAUUGUUCGUGAAACACCAAUGAAGCCUGUCGAUAAAGCAGCAUGGUGGGUUGAGUAUGUCAUCAGACAUAAUAGAAUUAAGCAUUUGGACUACGCUGGUCGACAUGUGCCUUCUUGGAAGUAUUUGAUGCUUGAUUUUAUUGCGAUUGUUGUGUUAGGAUUUUAUGUUUUGAUUAAGGAAUCAAUAAAAUUAGUGAAGAUGUUGUUCAAGAAAAAUAAGGGGAAAGUGGACUAA